AUGUUAGCAUCAUUACGUCAGCAGUACUGGCCGCUAAAGGGACGUGACUUAGCUAGGAAAGUCGUCCACUCAUGUAUUAAAUGCUUCCGAGUGAAACCAAGGACUUCACAACCUCAGAUGGGAGAUUUACCUACGAGCAGACUGGAAAUCACUCAUCCAUUCUCAAACACAGGCACAGAUUUUUGCGGGCCUAUUUUCACCCGCUCAUCUCGAAGAAGAAACAGUCCAAAAAUCAAGAGCUACAUCGUUUUGUUUGUGUGCAUGACUACAAAAGCCAUACAUUUAGAACUGGUAUCAGAUUUAACCACCGAAGCGUUCAUAGCUGCGUUCAAGCGAUUUAUAUCAAGACGUGGAAUAUGCAACAAUAUUUACUCUGACAAUGGGACCAACUACGUGGGAGCAAGCAGAGAACUCAAGGAGCUACGUGAACUCUUCAAGACACAAGAACAUCAACGAAGGGUCAUUGAAGAAACAUCUAUUCAUAAAAUAACUUGGCAUUUUAUUCCCCCCAAGUCACCUCACUUCGGAGGAUUAUGGGAAGCGGGAGUGAAAUCUAUGAAACAUCAUUUGAAACGAGUCGUAGGAAAUGUAUCACUUACACAUGAAGCUACGUACACAGUUUUGACAUUAAUAGAAGCUUGCUUGAACUCCAGACCUCUCACACCUAUUUCCAAUCACCCUAAUGACCCAUUACCCCUUACACCUGGACAUUUUCUUACUGGUAGAGCACUAACAACCUUACCAGAACCAAGUUUAUUGAAUGUAACUAUGAAUAGACUUUCCAUGUGGCAGCAGACUCAACAGAUGGUACAACACUUCUGGGCACGAUGGUCAAAGGAAUACUUAACCUUCCUGCAACAGCGGCCAAAAUGGACAUCGGAGACCAAGAACAUCACUCCUGGUCAACUUGUGGUCAUACGAGAGGACAACCUACCGCCAAUGAAGUGGGUCACCGGACGGGUCACAGAGGUCCACCCCGGAGAUGACGGCAGAGUUCGAGUAGCAACCGUCAAAACAACCACCGGCGUGUACAAGCGAGCGGUCAACCGUCUGUGCGUCCUACCCCUGGAGUGA